GGUGACAAAACAUGUCAUAAUAUCAUAUCUAUCCAAUUUAAAACAUUUUAAAUUACAACUAAAAUAAAUACUAAUAACAUUUUAAUACGUUCAAACAAGGUAAAGAUAAAUUAAAAUAGGAAAAAGAUAUAUAAGGGCUGCAUAUAAGAACCUAAAAAAUAAAAGAAUUGAUAAUUAAUAAAUAUUUAUAACACCGAUUUACUCGUAAAUUGUCGAUAAUUUCCCAACUUAAUACUAAAAAAGGAAGUAUAUUAAAUGCUUAUAUGCAGCCCUAAGGACUGCAUAUAGCAUUACCCAUUAAAAUAAAUUAAAAUAAGUAAAAAUCAAGUGAACAUAACAUAUAUGAUGAUUGAUAUGAGCAUGCGGCUAGCCGGCUAUAGUCGUUACCAAGUCCACGACAAAUCUAACCUUACAAAAUAUAAAAAAACACAAAAUGGCGCCAUUUCCAAACCUUUUAAACUUCUAACCAAAUAAAAACCUGAAAACUAAACACAUUUUUUAACGUUUUAAAAAUUCCGCGCUAUUUUAAUUUUUCAACCGCAAAACUCAAAAGUCAAAACCCACCAUUUUAAUUUUCCCGGACUUCUUCUUUAUUUCCCCCCUUUUUUUUCCUUUCAAUUCAUUUUCAAUCCCUCUAAAAUCAUAACACCCCCAAAUCCUUUCAAUAAACUUCCCUAAUUUCACAAUUUUCUUUGCUAAUUUCUCUCAAUCUUCUUCUCUCUCUUCUAAAAAUGGAUGCAAAUUUCAAUUCUUUACCUCCAUUAAAGCGAUUCAGGCUGCUGCAACAACAAGAACAGCAGCAGCAGCAACAGCUCUGUCAACCGGAGCCGAAACCCGAAUCGGAACCAAAACUAAAAGCGAAAGCUUUACCAUUGUCACCCUCUAAUCUCCCAGCUAAAAAGAGAAAAUAUGCCCGAGAUUCAUUUUUUGAUUUCAAUGAUGAGAAAGAAAAUAUUCCCCCUUCAAUUACAAUUACCCCUCCUACACCUUACUGUUUACCUGCCAAGAAAAGGAUUUGGGCUUUUAAGCCCGAAUUCAGCCCGGUUAAGUCUCCUCCUCCUUCUCUUGCUCUACCCAUUGAUCUGAAUCUUGAGUAUGACCCAUCUGUUGAAUCUAAAAUGGAGGAUGAUGGUGGAGAAGAGGAAUCAAAUCGAGUCGAAAUCAAAGUAGAGGGUGAUGGUGAAGAGGAGGAGGAGAAAGAAGAGGAAGCCGAGGACGAUGAUGGGAUUUUAUGCGCCGUAUGUGAGAGCACAGAUGGUGAUCCAUCAGAUCCGAUUGUGUUCUGUGAUGGGUGUCACCUUAUGGUUCAUUCCAGCUGUUACGGAAACCCUCUCGUCAAGGGUAUUCCCGAGGGGGAAUGGUUCUGUGCUCAGUGCUCGAACUCAAACUCACGACCUUUGGCUCACAAGUGCUGCCUUUGUCCUGUCACUAAGGGUGCUAUGAAGCCUACGAGUGAUGGGCGUUGGGCUCACAUCGUGUGCGCGUUGCUAGUCCCGGAGGUUUUCUUUGAGGACCCUGAAGGCCGGGAUGGGAUCGAUUGCUCGAAGAUUCCUAAGAAGAGGUGGAGGGAUAGGUGUUACCUGUGUAAACAGACCAAAGGGUGUGCUAUUGAGUGUUCUGAGCCUAAGUGUCCGUUGGCGUUUCAUGUGACUUGUGGAUUGCAGGAAGAUCUUACUAUUGAGCUUAAAGAAGGGAAGAAUACUGGUGGGAUUGUUGCUGGGUUCUGCAAAAAACAUACUGAGCUAUGGAAAAAGCAAAAACAAACAGGAAAGUUCAAGAUUGUUGCCAGAGAUGAGGGGUAAAAUUUCUGACAGUUUGGAAUUGGUAGAGAGAUGCUGAUUUCUAAGUUUAGCAAAUACAGUACUAGUUUUUUGUUUAGUUUUCUUGGUUAUUGGUAUAAGGGAUCAAUUGACUUUAGAUAGAUACUGACCUUCAAGUGAAUGUGAUCCGAAAUACAUGCUAAUGGUUUUUUUCUUUUUUUGUUUACUUUGUAUAUUCAGUGACAGUAGUAUGUGACUGUCAUCGAACAAUUGCAUGAUUUGCAUCUGCGAUUCAAAGAGAGUAUAAAAAGAUGUUCAUUCUAUGUUUACAUCA